AUGCCUACAGAAAGCAGAAUGCUUUCUUGUGUUGCUUUUGCUAUCAUGUCUCUAGGCUUGUCUAGGCUGAGUCAGUCAGGAUUUGAGGUUGAUCUCCUGUAUUUCUUUUGUGGACUUCUGACCGUACAACUCAUGAAAAUAAAACCGUGGUUAGGCACUGUUGGAGGAGCUUUCAGUUAUUCCCUCAUCCUUCUUCGUUCCAAUUUGGAUCUUCAACCAAGAAGUCGGUAUCAUGGACUUCAACACCAAGAUCAUGUAGUGCUUGAAAUUGGUUCUCNUUCACAACCACAAGGAACCAGUAAUAGUGUUACUCAAGUGGAUUCAACCCAAAUAAUUAUGGCUAGUUCACAACCACACCCUGUCAUUGAUAUGGUCUGGCCUUCAAGAGGAACAAGGCAGAGUGGUUCUCCAGUAGUUUCACCUCAAGAGGGUGGUGCUGGUGGUGCUCCUCCAGAAAACAUUUAUAGUANUAAGGAAUGCUUCAUGGGUUGUAUAGAGGCUCUUAAGAAGGAGAAUNGGAGCGUUAUCAGAGCAAUUUCCAUGCAUGUAGACAAAUACCUUAAAGCUAGUGUUCUUAGUGAGGAGCAGAGUUCAGUGCCAGAAUUGCAUGGCGACGACAACAUGGUGGUGGAUUCAUUGUCNUCAGGAAUGAUCAGCAAGCUUUGUGAAAGUGUAGAGAAGAUGGUGUCAGAUGGAUUUGAGGAGGAAUGCUUGAACGUGUACAGUAAUUGGCGGAGGGAGUAUCUGAAAGAAAGUCUCUGGGCAUUAGGGUUGCAAGAUGAAGAGCUCAACGGGGAAGAAAUUAACAAGUCGGAGAGGAUUGAGAGGCUCAUAAAAGCUAUGAUCAUAGCUGCGAGGAUACUCUUUCCUAAUGAAAAAAAGACUCUUCAAUCGUGUGUUUAG